CCUCUAGAGUAAUGUAGCCUGUCCUCUCUACUUCUUCUUCUUCUUCUCUCUCUUCUUUAAACAUCUCAGCUCUGUUUUCCUUCCAGUUCACGCUAAUCGCCUGUGUCGGUCCCCUCUCUCUCUUUUCUUUGUUCUCUCCCAACAAUGGCAAAACGACUCUGUACCCUUUUUGCUUGUUUUGAUUUUUGAUUCUUGCUAGAAGCUUCAAAGGAUCUGGCUUUUACCUUAAAAAGAAAAAAACCCUUCUUUAACAGAAAAAGGAAUCUGGGUUUGUUUCUUCUGUUUUUGUUUUUUUUUGAGACUUGAGGAAGAAGACGAAGACUAUGAUAAGGAUAGAGAAGAUGAAAGGUUUGGGUUUUCGUUUGGGGAUGGUUGUUUUCAUGCUUCUCGGUGUUGUUUCUCCAAUGAACAACCAAGGAAAAGCGUUGAUGGCGAUAAAAGCCUCAUUCAGCAACGUGGCCAAUAUGCUUCUUGAUUGGGAUGAUGUUCACAACAAUGACUUUUGUUCUUGGAGAGGUGUCUUCUGCGAUAACGUUAGCCUCUCCGUUGUCUCUCUUAAUCUGUCAAAUCUGAAUCUUGGUGGGGAGAUAUCACCAGCUCUUGGAGAUUUGAGGAAUCUGCAGUCAAUAGACUUGCAAGGGAAUAAAUUGGGUGGUCAAAUUCCAGAUGAGAUCGGAAACUGUGCUUCUCUUGCUUAUGUGGAUUUCUCCACCAACUUAUUGUUUGGAGACAUUCCGUUUUCAAUCUCUAAACUCAAACUGCUUGAGUUUCUGAACCUAAAGAAUAAUCAGCUCACAGGCCCAAUACCAGCAACAUUAACUCAGAUUCCAAACCUUAAGACCCUUGACCUUGCAAGAAACCAGCUAACUGGUGAGAUACCAAGGCUACUCUACUGGAAUGAAGUUUUACAGUAUCUCGGUUUACGUGGGAAUAUGUUAACUGGGACAUUGUCUCCUGAUAUGUGUCAGCUGACGGGUCUUUGGUACUUUGACGUGAGAGGCAACAACCUUACUGGAACUAUCCCGGAGAGCAUUGGCAAUUGCACAAGCUUCGAGAUCCUGGAUGUAUCUUAUAAUCAGAUCACUGGUGUCAUACCCUAUAAUAUUGGUUUCCUCCAAGUAGCUACUCUGUCACUUCAAGGAAACAGGUUAACCGGUACAAUUCCUGAAGUCAUUGGUCUGAUGCAGGCUCUAGCUGUUUUGGAUUUGAGUGACAAUGAAUUAACUGGGCCUAUCCCACCAAUACUUGGGAAUCUCUCAUUUACCGGAAAACUGUAUCUCCAUGGCAAUAAGCUCACUGGACCCAUACCACCUGAGCUUGGCAAUAUGUCACGACUUAGUUAUUUGCAACUAAAUGAUAAUGAACUAGUGGGAACCAUCCCGCCUGAGCUUGGGAAGCUGGAACAAUUGUUCGAACUGAAUCUUGCAAACAACCAUCUUGUAGGGCCAAUUCCAUCUAACAUUAGUUCCUGUGCAGCCUUGAAUCAAUUCAAUGUGCAUGGGAACUCCCUGAGUGGAUCUAUACCACUUGAAUUUCGGAAUCUUGGAAGUUUGACUUCUCUGAAUCUUUCAUCAAACAGUUUCAAGGGAAAAAUACCUGCUGAGCUGGGUCAUAUUAUCAAUCUUGAUACAUUGGAUCUGUCAGGCAACAAUUUCUCAGGGCCAAUACCAUUAACACUUGGUGAUCUUGAGCAUCUUCUCAUCUUAAACUUGAGUAGAAAUCAUUUCAACGGGACACUACCUGCACAGUUUGGAAACCUCCGAAGCAUUCAGAUCAUUGAUGUAUCAUUCAAUUUUCUUGCCGGUGUUAUUCCAACUGAACUUGGCCAGUUGCAGGACAUAAACUCUCUGAUAUUGAACAACAACAAGAUUCAUGGGAGAAUUCCGGAUCAGCUAACAAAUUGCUUCAGUCUUGCUAAUCUGAACAUUUCCUUCAACAACCUAUCUGGAAUAAUUCCACCUAUGAAGAACUUUUCGCGUUUUGCCCCGGCCAGCUUCUUUGGAAAUCCAUUUCUCUGUGGGGACUGGGUUGGAUCAAUCUGCGGCCCAUCUUUGCCCAAGUCACAAGUAUUCACCAGAGCUGCUGUGAUUUGUAUGGUACUCGGUUUCAUUACUCUCAUAUGCAUGAUAUUCAUUGCGAUUUAUAAGUCAAAGCAGAAAAAACCAGUUUUGAAAAGCACUUCGAAACAACCUGAAGGGUCAACGAAGCUGGUGAUUCUUCACAUGGACAUGGCUAUUCACACGUUUGAUGAUAUCAUGAGAGUUACAGAAAACCUCAGUGAGAAAUACAUAAUUGGAUACGGCGCCUCUAGCACGGUUUACAAGUGCACCUCCAAAAGUUCCCGACCUAUUGCCAUUAAGCGAAUCUACAACCAGUAUCCCAACAACUUCCGCGAGUUUGAGACAGAGCUGGAGACCAUUGGGAGCAUCAGACACAGAAACAUAGUGAGCUUGCACGGAUAUGCCUUGUCUCCCUUUGGCAACCUCCUCUUCUAUGACUACAUGGAAAAUGGCUCUCUUUGGGACCUUCUUCAUGGGCCUGGGAAGAAAGUGAAGCUUGACUGGGAAACAAGGCUGAAGAUUGCAGUUGGAGCUGCGCAAGGACUUGCUUAUCUUCACCAUGACUGCACUCCUAGAAUAAUUCAUCGGGAUAUCAAGUCAUCAAACAUACUCCUUGAUGGGAAUUUUGAAGCGCGUUUGUCAGAUUUUGGGAUUGCCAAGAGCAUACCAGCCACCAAAACUUAUGCUUCAACCUAUGUUCUUGGAACCAUUGGCUAUAUUGACCCAGAGUAUGCUCGAACUUCGCGUCUAAACGAGAAGUCUGAUAUCUACAGCUUCGGUAUUGUUCUUCUUGAGCUUCUGACCGGGAAGAAGGCUGUGGAUAACGAGGCCAACUUGCAUCAGAUGAUUCUUUCGAAGGCGGAUGAUAACACAGUGAUGGAAGCUGUUGAUGCGGAGGUGUCAGUGACUUGUGUGGACUCAGGGCACAUCAAGAAGACAUUUCAGCUAGCUCUCUUGUGCACCAAGCGAAAUCCUUUGGAGAGACCCACAAUGCAGGAAGUCUCUCGGGUUCUUCUCUCUCUUCUCCCGUCUCCACCUCCAAAAAAGUUACAGUCGCCUGCGAAACUGCCAGAAGCGGAAGAAAGGCGUGAGAGCCACUCUUCAGAUACAGCAACCCCACAGUGGUUUGUUCAGUUCCGUGAAGACAUCUCCAAAAGUAGCUUAUAAGAAAAUAACUCGUAGGGUUUCCUCUGUUUAGCUUUUUCUGUUUCGUUUUCUUGUAUGGCAAGAAAAGAUCAGAGGGGCCGGUUUGUUUUUAUGUGAUUUUGGGCUAGUAUCAGGGGUAUUUUGGUAAAGGGAGUAAACUCAAGGCAUUAAAGAUAAGAACAUGGGAUAGGUGAAAGAGUAGGUGAAGUUAAUGGUUUUUCCAAGGGACAUCUUCACGAGAUCGUUAAAAAACUUUCAAUCUCUUCUUUAAUGCUCACAUCCAUCAAUGCGUACUUCUUUCACACUGUUA